CGGCGGUGCGGGCCCUGCUGCUGCUCGCCGCCGGGUGAGGGCGAGCGGGGCGGCCCCGGGACUCGCCCGGCCCCGGGGGCUACGGGCCAGCCCCCCCCCUACAGCCACAGCCCCCACCGGGUGCCACGGGAGGGGCCGAGCGCCCCGAAUGGGAGGGCGCCUUCUGCCCCAAAUGGGGUUAUUUAAUUAUAUCUUUUUUUAACCCUUUUUCCCCCUCUCUCCCCAGGGCCAUGGAGUUCCUGCCGCCGUUCCAGCGCCUGGUGCAGCCCGAGGAGCUGUGGCUCUACAAACAGCCCUACCGGGAGGCGGAUCGCGUCCCCGCCCUGCCCAUGGUCUUCAUCGCCUUCCUGUCCCCCCUGCUGCUCAUCGUCCUGGCGAGGGUGUUCAUGGAUGCUGACCGAGAAGACACGCGGGAGGCCUGCCUCGCUGCCAGCCUUGCCCUCGCCCUCAACGGGGUCUUUACCAACGCCCUGAAGCUCGCCGUGGGGAGGCCACGGCCGGACUUCUUCUCUCGCUGCUUCCCCGACGGACGAGCCAACGUGGAGCUGGCCUGCACAGGAGACCCCGGGGUGGUGGCUGAGGGGCGCAAAAGCUUCCCCAGCGGACACGCUUCCUUUGCCUUUGCUGGUCUUGGCUUCUCUGCCUUCUACGUCGCGGGGAAGCUGCGCUGCUUCACCGCUGGCCGGGGGAGCCGGGCUCUGCGCCUCUGUGCCUUCCUCCUCCCACUCUUCCUCGCCACCCUCAUCGCCGUGUCCCGCACCUGCGACUACAAACACCACUGGGAAGGUGGGUCAGGGUCUGCACCUGGAUGGGGGCACUCGGUGCCGGGGGGAAUCCGUGCUGCUGCAGAGGUGGCACCUUAGGGUUUUUGGAUCGCUCCUCCUGGGGUAAUUACGCUGCUGCCUGC